AUGACUCCCGAUCAAUUGAAGUGGAACCCGCCACCAGAGGUAUAUCUCUAUAUUCUUGCUAAUUUUGUAAAAAUUGAAGCAUCGUCGACUUGGGUGGUUAGGAUGGUCUCAAGGGCCGGUGAGGAUGAGGAGGAGACCCUGCUCACCCACGUCAGUGGCUGCUGCAAUCCCUUCAAGGGAAUAGACGCUCAUCAGCUACUCGCUAGUACAAUCAAGGCAAACUAUUAUGACUUUGCAUGUGACUUGCUGAAGGACUGCUACCAUGAACUGGAUACAGAUACAGUAGAUGGUCCUAGUUCGUGGAGGUCAGUGUAUCAUCUUGCGGAAAAGUCGGAUACAUUUCAGAGUGUCAAACGAUACAACUUCUACCAAAGAUUUGUUUAUUCUCGUGUGUCUGUAGAGAAUUGCAGCUUAAGCAAUGCACCUAAGAAUCCAGAUAUUGAGAACCAAGAGAAAUGCAGGACCAAUCUUGUCGGCUGGAAGAGCUACGUCUGCCAUGGUGAAAAAUCUUACAACUUUUUGGGGUACGAGCAUCAUGAAGAUUCUUUCUUGGAAGACAAGGAUAAAAAUCUUUUGUACUUAGCUGCAAAAUUGGUACCGGAAGACAAACUCAAUAAGGAAAUAAGUAAAACAGUGUCGCCCGAAUGGAUGAAAUCCCGCAACAGGGAAAACGAAAACGAAACACCAAUGAUGGUGCUUAAAAAAGAACAUAGUAAUCCAAGACAAAAGGGUGAAGAUUGGAUGAAGCAAACAACCGGCUCAUACACAAUCACAACGGCCCUUAUCAUUAUAAUGGUUUUCUCGACGAUCAUUACUGUGCCUUGGGGGAACAAUGGGGAGACUGAGAUGGCAAUUUAUAAAGACAAGUUGAGCUAUAUGAUAUAUUGUUACUCGGUUUGGAUCUCGUUUUUCACAUCCGCCUCCUUGCAGUUGUUUCUUUCCAUCCUCAUAGAACAUUAUGCAGAAGGGGAUUUUCUCAAAAGAUUACCUAAGAGAUUAAUAUUUGGGCUUGUCACGCAACUCAUGUCUGUCACAACCAUGGUGAUAGCGUACAGUGCAGCAUUUUGUAUCAUGUCUGUGUCUGAGCAUGAGAAGUCGAGGCACCUGGUCCCAAUUUGCCUAAUGACAAGCCUACCAAUUGCUUCAUUUGUGACACUGCAAUUACCAUUGCUUGUUGAUCUAAUGUCAUCAACAUAUGGUCGUGGAAUCUUUGGUAACCAAAGAGAACUUACAAAAAAGACAUAA